AUGGACGGCGUCGUCAUCCCCGAGACCGACUUUACAAAAGUCAUCCGCCGCGACACGUACGCAGCCAUCCACCCGACACGUCUUGAGCUCAGCCAGGACGGCCGUACGGUUGUCGUGGUCGGCAGCGGCAACAACAUCGGUAAAGCCAUUGCCUCGGCUUUUGGUGACGCUCAUGCAGCGACGGUCAUUCUUGUCGGGAGACGACAGGCUGUACUCGAGGCUGCUGCCCGCGAACUGGAGGACGCCGCCAAGUCCGCCAAGUCCCCAACCCACUUCCACGCCGGGGCCGUCGACGUGACUGACGACGCCACCGUGGAUGACUUCUGGGCCCAGCUGGCGGCCGACGGCGUGCACGUCGAUGUGCUUGUGCAGUGUUCCGGCACAUUUGGGCAGCCCAAGCCGCUGCUGGAGCUGGGCCUGAAGGCAGCACACACCGGCAAAGGUGCUGUAGGUGUACCCACUCUCGAUGACAUGAUGGCCGCCAACUUCCGGGGCCCCAUGAACAUGGCUCUGCACUUUGGCAAGCAGUCCAGCGGCGGCGACGACAGCAAGCAGAAGUACUUUGUCUACGUCUCCACCAACGCCGUCAACAUGGCCGACCACAACUGGCUGGGCCUGCGCCCGGACUACAUUUUGAGCAAGAGCACCGCCACCUAUGCGUUCUCACUGCUCGCCGACGGCGUGUCCCCCGACACCUUCCAGGUCCUGUCAUUCCACCCGGGUAUGCUUUACAGCGACGCCUGGCCCCCGCUGGGAUUCACCAAGGACAUGCUGCCCUUUGACGAGAUGGAGCUGCCAGCGCACUUUGCCGUUUGGGCCGCUUCCCAGGAGGCCCGGUUUCUGCAUGGACGCUACGUCUAUGCGACCUGGGACGUGGACGAGCUGGUGUCAUCGGCCGAGCUGCGGGCGCGUCUCGAAGGGGACCACAACUACCUGCGGCCAGGCAUUGUGGGCCUGACCAACGGCGGACACCGUGUGUAG